AUGGAGUUCUACAACGAAAGUGCUCUCCAGGAGAAGCAUGAUGAUGUCUACGAAAGCUGUCUCUUCCCACAAAAAGUCCUGCCUCCUGGCACUACCAAGACGGAUUUUGCAGCUGCGAUAAUUGAGUUCGGAAAAGUCAUCGGAUUGGAGCAUGUAAUCACGGGGGGGAAUCUAAUCAAUUUCAACGACCCCUAUCCUCUAGAUCAGACAGCACAUCAAGCUUCUGCUGCCUUAUGCCCACAAUUUACAGAAGAAAUUCAAGCAAUUGUUCGCAUUGCAAACGCAUACCGUAUUCCCUUAUAUGGUGGCCCUGCCCCAAGGGAAACAGGGACGGUCGUACUCUCUCUUCAUCGCAUGAAGAGCAUCCUCGAGGUGAAUGAAACUUUGACAUAUGUUGUUGUGGAGCCCGGUGUCACGUUCUUCGAUUUGGACAAGUAUUUCAAGGAGCAUGACUUCAAUCUUUGGAUAGGUACUCCAGCUCUGGGCUGGGGUAGCAUCGUGGGAAACGUGCGUAUUCAGUGCUCCGGAAUCAGCCAUAUGGCCACCUCAGAAACUCUAGAUCGUGGUCACGGCUAUACACCUUCUGGCGACCGUCAACAUGGUAUAGGCAGCAUGGAGGUUGUCCUCCCUUCUGGGGAGCUUCUUCGAACAGGCCAAUGGGGGGUAUCCAGAUCACCAAGCGCACAUGCGUGUAGUAACAAUUUUGGCCCUCAGAUCGAUGGUCUGUUCCUUCAAAGCAAUCUAGGAAUUGUUACGAAACUCGCAGUGUACGUCGAUGUGGCUCCCCCUGCUUACAUGAGCAUAGUCGUCAACUGCCCCGAAGUGGAGCAGCUUUCGCCACUUAUUGAUACGCUACAACAACUAUUUAGGGAGGAGAUCCUCCAAAAUCAUAUCCACAUUGUGAAUAUUAAUCACUUCGCUUCACGGGACUCCCGGAAACACAUGCAACAACAGCGCGAAGGACCUCUUGGAGAAGACACUCUCGACAGAAUGCGGAAGAAGUAUAAAACUGGAUACUGGAGAGGCGCCUUCGAUCUCUAUGGCUCCGAAGCAAUGAUAGCCGUACGAUUUGAGAGAAUCAAAGAAGUUUUUGCGAAACGCUUGUCUGGAGCGUGGCUUGAUCACAAGUUAUUCUUGGGUAAGGAUGGAAAGCCUGUGGACAACAAGGAGGUUGGGACAAUAGGUGCUGGCUUUCCAAAUAUGAUGGGAGCCGCCCUGGCGGAUUACAACCUACCGGCCGACGGCACCGGAGCAGGGGCGCACAUCGACGCUACUUUGAUCUUACCAUGUAUCGGAAAAGUUACUUUAGACUGGUUUGUCAAGAUGAGAAAGCUGAUGGAGGAUCUUGGAGCCGAUCCUUUCAUUGGGUGUCACGUAUUCAACAGGCAUAUUCUCUUUGUUCAGGAGUACGUCUUCGAUAAAACGCAGCAGUCACACCGUGAACGUGGACAGAAGGUUCUGGCAUCCGUCAUGGCAGCAGCGAAAGAAGCCGGCUUUGCGAACUACAGGUCCCAUUUAGAUCACAUGGGUGCGAUUCUCCUACUUACCUGCUUCAGUUUCAUGCUGACGGCAAUAGAUGCCAUCCAAGAUCUGUAUGACUUUAACGGACAGAUUUACAAGAGGCUGGUCACAGAUAUCAAGGUUCGCUAA